AUGGAAGAAUUACUAGCUCGCCACCGCAAGGAACAGAAAGAUCUCCAGGGACGCAUUACACAGAAGAAGAAAUCAGCGACGAAGAAAACCCGUCGGGGUAUCAACGAAGAAUGCGACCGCCUCCAGCACGAGCUUUCCGAGCGACACCAAGCCGAGAUUGCAGAGCUUAACGGCGAGCCCCGCCAACCAGUUGAUGGCUUCGAAGACCUGAGCUUACGAGCUUCCGAUGCGGAGGAUGAGAAUACUACAAAGAGCAAUGCUGUGAAUGGCACAGACGACACAGACAGGCCUUCAGAUUCAACGGCGUCGAACUCGAAUCCUGCCUCCGAGACUGCCUCCGGCCCGCGCACGAAGAAACCGAACCGACAAAAAGCUCGUCUGGCACGUCGCGCGGCAGAACAAGCGGCUCAGGCGGAGAUCGCUGCAGAAGAAGCUGCGAAACAAGUAGAUCACCGUGGAAAUGAGAGGGAAGUGAUGGAGGGCGUGUUCAAACGUCUUGGAUUGAAAGAGAUAGAGAUCAACCCGGACGGGCACUGCUUAUACUCUGCUAUUGCCAAUCAGUUGGAGGAAGCAGGACUCGGUCUGAAACCAGAUCCGCAGAGAAUGGUCCUCCAGCCCCAGACACAGUCUCGCAUCGACACGGUAGCAUCGCCCAAGCAUGAUGGCUACAGGGCGGUUCGGGCAGUUGCGGCUGAUUUUAUUGUUGAUCACAAGGAUGAUUUCGAGGCUUUUAUGGAGGAACCGCUUGAUCAAUAUACCCGGAAGAUCAAGCUCACGGCGGAGUGGGGUGGACAGCUUGAGCUACAGGCUAUUGCUAGGGCAUACGGAAUCAACAUCAACGUUAUCCAAGGCGAUGGAAGAAUCGAGAAGAUUGAAGCCGGCGAUGCGGAUGAUUUCGACGAAGAGGAGAUGAAGAAGCGAGUCAUUUGGUUGGCUUAUUACAGGCAUACAUAUGGCCUUGGAGAGCAUUAUAAUGCGCUCACAAAGCACACAUAA